CUCCCCGUCCAAGUCCAACCUCAUAUAAUAAGUAAAUAAUGGCUGAGCCUGCUCAGGAGCCGAUCCAGCCCUCUGAUAAAGAUAAUAACCAUAUAGAACCCCAUGUUUGCCCUAUAAAUAAGAAUCUGGGGAUUUUGAACCCAGAAAAACCGGUUUUUUUUGAGCAAGAUCUGAAAAAUUUAUCAAAUAAGAGAGAAAUCUCUUCUAUUCCUAAAGCAGAUGGUAAAAACGGAGAAUUCUGGGUUUAUCCAUCAGAACGUAUGUUCUUCCAAGCGAUGCGGCGAAAAAACUGGGAUCCUAAGGCGGAUGAUAUGCAAAUUGUAGUUCCUAUUCAUAAUGCAGUGAAUGAGAGGGUAUGGAGGGAGAUUAUAAGUUGGGAGAAAGGAUGGGGGAGUGAAAAAUGUGGAGGACCUAAAUUGAUAAAAUUCGAAGGAAAGUCGUCUAAAAUGAGUCCUAAAGCAAGAAUGUUAAAAUUGCUGGGAUAUAAACCACCAUUUGAUCGUCAUGACUGGAAAAUUGAUCGAUGUGGUAAAGAGGUGACAUAUAUUAUAGAUUUUUAUUCUGGAAAAAAAGAAGGAGAAUUGUUAUCAUUUUAUCUUGAUGUACGACCAAAAUUAGAUAUGAAUGGUGGUUAUAUGAGAAUAAUUCGAGGAUUUCGAGAAUUUUUCCAGAAAAAGAAUGAUUUAUGAAUAAUAGAGCUGAAUUAGUUAGCAGAAUAGAUUGAUUGUUAGUCAUUUAUUAAGUUAAAAUCAGCUAGUGUUUGACAUUUUAUUGCAGUGGAAGGUUGAAGAUGCAUUCCAGAAAGAUAAGGACCGAAUUUGGAAAUGAUAUUUAACAUACCGAAUUCGAGUGUUUUUAAAAGAGCAGUAGGUUCUUCAAAAGUAAGAUCUAGAUUAUUUUGACGAUAAAAUAUAUCAGAAAAAUGACAUUGUGGAAAUUUAAUGAAAUGCUUCACAUCUUCAAGAGUUACAUGUAAACAUUCCAAAAUCAAUGCAACUUCCCGUUGAACCAUGCCAAACAAAUCUUGAUCAAUAGAACGUACGACUAAUUGAGAUAAAUCUAGAAUAAAUAUUUAAUUUUUUUUUAAAAUGUAAAAUAAUAUGAUUUACCAAAUAUAGCUAGAAUUUGCAAACGAGUAUUUGGAA